AUGGAAACAAAUGUAGUGUUGCAAAAGUCAACGAGAGCACCUCUUGCAGAGAUCGACCAAAUACUUUCAAAUAUACACCAAAAUAUGCAAACUACAGGGAGCAUGGUAGCAGCAAAGGACGCCUCCACGAUCACCGAUAAACUACUCCUCCGCCAUCGGAGACCGGGUGUUCUCGGCCCUCCACAACGUAUCCCACUCAAAGACUCGACAAGCAGAGACGAAAUCUCUAUAGCAACCAAUAGACUAGUACAUCCACGUCGAGCUAGACUAGCAGCUACUACUAAGGCGAAUUGCCCACUUGUAAAUACACGCUUCGGGCAAAUCUCAAACGGUAAUUCAAUUCAAAAUGAAAACGAUGCCAGAGUGUUUGCUCCAAAAGAUAUCAACACAAUCAGCAAUAACCAACGAGAGUCUUCAGGUAAUAGUCAAAGCGUUCACAAUCGAGUCAAUUCAAACGGCAAUUCAAAUCAAAAUGAAUACGAUGCCAAAAUGUCUGCUCCAAAAGAUAUCGACACAAUCGGCAAUAACCAACGAGAGUCUUCAGGCAAUAGUCAAAUCGUUCACAGUCGA